AUGAUCCUGGCUAUUUUUGGGAAUGGAAAUGGCGAAGACGCAAAGAAGAAGGGUGGUGAAAGUAACUCCAUUGACCCACGCCAAGAAGAGAAGGAGAACGUCCGACCAGAUAACAACGACGAUUGGGAAAAUGAAUUCGAGCAUAGAAGCAGAAAGACUGAAGCAGAUGACGGGGGCGAUAACUUAAGAAAUAAAGAAUAUGAAGAAAUUUACCGAUCAGUGUCGGCCAGUAAUCGCAACGAUGACGAAGAAGAAGAUAAAAACCCUACCUCUAAGAGAAGACCCAAGAGUAAUAUAGCGUAUAACAAUGAUGAAACGAAAACAAUCGGGAAUCCUUGGUCACCAUUCAGCUGGUAUAACAACUUCGACAAAAAAGAAAAAAGAUACGAAAAUGAUGAAGAUGAAGAGCGAGAUAGGGAGGAUGCUCAACAUGCUGCACUCCGAACUGGAGCGGGCCCAAGAGAAGGUCAGCAGAAUGGUGAUUUUGAUGAAGAUGACGAGCGCAAUGGAGCUUGGAGGAGCGAAACUCCCAACUCUCCUAUGGAGGAAAAGCCUCACAAUCAUUCUUAUCGUACUAUGUUUGGGAACAAUGUGAGCAACGUUCAAUCCAACGGAGCAAGACGAAGAAAGACCAAAACUAGGUUCUUUAGAAACAAGGGGAAACAGCAUCCCAAGAACAAGAGAAAGCAGUCAGUUUAUUAUGCUGAUGAAGAAGGCAAUGACGAAGAUACUGCUGCUUAUUUCACUGGUUUGAGAGCUCAGCAGUUGGUCGGUUCACUUGCAGCCGGCUCUCCCGCAAUUAAUAUUUUAGCUUCAUGCUUACUCGAAGAUGAACAUGGAAUUGCUAGAGCUCCAUUGUUGCUUUCAUUACUUGGUUUAAAAGUUAGUGAUAUUUCCAAAUCUGUAAACACUAAGAAUAGAAAGUUUAGAAUAGAUUUGGAAUAUGGAGUGGGUGAAGAAAGAUUGCGCUGGAACGUAGAGAAGAGUGCUAGUGACCUUUUAUACCUUCACUCAAGGUUUAAAUUUGUGAAUUGGAGGCAUGAAGUUGUCAGGAAUAAAAAUAGUGAACUUCCUAAGGUUCCGAUUCCACCACUUAGGACCAAUAAUAAAGAGAAGAAACACGCACAAGGUUACACUCAUGAAGAUGAAGAUCAUUUAAAAGUCCCAAGCGCUUCACAUGGUGGUGGAACUACAGGCAGUCAAAGUAAUGCGGAUAAUUCACCACAAGAUAAUGAAUCAAUAGGCAGCGGUGAGCAUUUUGCACGCUUGAGGACAUAUUUAAGUUCAGUGUCUUCAACGGCGUCUUUGCUGCCUGAUAUUGUGAAAUCAAAAAUGAAAAAGAAUCAGGACUAUAUCGUUCAAGUGACAAAUUAUUUGAACGAUUUGAUUGGUAAGAUAUCUUUAAAACCUCAGUCCAAUAGAUUAUUUCAAUUUUUUGAAAUCCUGCCCAUAUCUUCAUUGUUAAGUUACGAGACUGGGUUUCAAGGAAAGCAAGGUAUUGUUCAUAUUGGAGGCACCACAAAGUCUCAAGGAUGGAGAGUUGGCCACUUCAAAGCUAAUGACUUAAAGGGAAUGAUUGAUAGAAGACAAGAAAAAUGGUUACUUAUUAGAAAUACGUAUAUCAUGUAUGUUUCCGAUAUUAACUCAACGUUACCAUUGGAAGUAUUCCUUGUUGACCCCAAAUUUGAAAUAAAAUAUAAGAAAAGAAAACAGGAUGAUGAUGAUGAUGAAGAGGAGGAAGAGGUCGUGAACUAUGAAGAACUGUCAAUUUCACAGAAAUUAGCAAUAGAUAAAGAAAAUGGCGAUAUUUUGUCAAAGAAUAAUAAGAUUUUCAAGCACCUCAAAAUUACAUUAGUCAACAGUGAAAGGCAAUUGGUUAUACUUCCGAAGUCAACAAAGGAGCAAAAGCUUUGGAUAAAAUCUUUGGAGGAAAUGAAGAAUCAGACUCCAUGGUCCGAACCUCAUAGAUUUGGAUCUUUUGCACCAGUCAGAGAUAAUUGCUUUGCACAGUGGUUUGUAGACGGAAGAGACUACUUUUGGGCCGUGUCUUCUGCUUUAGAAAUGGCCAAAGAUGUCAUUUUUAUUCAUGAUUGGUGGUUAUCUCCUGAAUUAUAUCUUCGUAGACCAGCAAAUGGGAAUCAGCAGUGGAGACUUGAUAGGAUAUUGCAAAGAAAAGCUCAGCAAGGGGUUAAGAUUUUUGUGAUUGUUUAUCGUAAUGUCGGUACUACUGUUGCUACUGACUCAUUGUAUACGAAGCAUUCAAUUUUAUCUUUAGAUGAGGAGAAUAUCCACGUCAUUCGUUCACCAAAUCAAUUACUUCAAAAUACUUAUUUUUGGGCUCAUCAUGAAAAGUUAUGUAUAGUAGAUCAAACCGUUGCAUUCGUUGGUGGAAUUGAUUUAUGUUAUGGAAGGUUUGAUACUCCUGAUCAUGUAUUGGUUGAUGAUUCUAAAGUAACAUUCGAUUCUUUGCGUGAAAAUGGCAGACCCACUACUGAAGAGCAUAUUAAGUUUCAAACAUUCCCAGGGAAAGACUAUUCUAACCCGAGAGUAAAAGACUUUUUUGGAUUGGAUAAACCUUAUGAAUCGAUGUAUGACAGAGAGGCCAUUCCUAGGAUGCCAUGGCAUGAUAUUCACAUGGUGACACUGGGUAAAAUAGCUAGUGAUUUAGCAAGACAUUUUGUUCAAAGAUGGAACUAUUUACUUCGUCAAAAGAGACCGCUGAGAUUCACUCCAUUGUUAACACCACCACCGGACUUUACCGACGAAGAAAUACAAGAUAUGGGGUUGGGAGGUACUUGCGAGGUGCAACUUUUGAGAUCAUCUUGCAAUUGGUCAUUAGGGUUGACUGAACACGAACAGAGUAUCCAAAAUGCCUAUUUGAAGCUUAUAGAAACAUCAGAACAUUUCGUUUACAUCGAGAAUCAGUUUUUUAUCACUUCAUGUGUAGUUGAUGGAACUGAAGUGAGAAAUAGAAUUGGAGACGCAUUGGUCGAUAGAAUAAUACGUGCUCAUAAGGAAGGUAAACCUUGGAGAGCAGUUAUUGUUAUUCCGCUCAUGCCAGGUUUUGAAAGUCAAGUGGAUGAGCCAGAUGGAUCUUCUGUAAGAGUUAUCAUGCAAUGCCAAUUUUUAUCUAUUUCUAGAGGUGCAACUUCAAUCUUUGCUAAGCUAAAAAAAUAUGGCAUUGAGCCUGAUGAUUACAUUCAGUUCUUCUCGUUGAGAAAAUGGGGUAUAAUUGGUCCAGACAGGACUUUGGUAACUGAACAAUUGUAUAUUCAUGCAAAAUGUAUGAUUGUUGACGAUAAGGCUGCAAUAAUUGGUAGCGCAAACAUUAACGAAAGAUCAAUGAGAGGUGUAAGAGAUUCUGAGGUUGCUGCUGUUGUUAGAGAUAAGGAAACUGUUAAGACCACAAUGAACGGAGAACCUUAUAUUGCAGGUAAAUUUGCGCACACGUUAAGAAUGAGACUAAUGAGAGAACAUCUUGGAGUCAGCGUCGAUAUCUUGGAAAUAAUUGAAAGAAGAUUUUCAAAGUUUGAAAAAUAUGCCAGCACAGACGCCGGAAUAGAAGCUAGCUAUACUGGAAAGUUCGAAAAACGUGAAAAUAGAAUUUUAUCGGCAAUGGUUGAAAUUGCAAGCAGAGACAUUUUAAAUCAAAAGAAAGGUACGAAGUUGUGGCAAAAAUUCAGAAAUAAAAUAAGUGAUUUGAAAGAAGAUGAAAUAUUCGAAGGUGCCGUAAACGAGGAGCUCGAGGCAGAAUUAGAAGCCGAAGAAGAAGGACCAACUCCAUUGUCAUUGCCUAUUUCAUUCAAUAAUAGGACCGGUACUUAUGAAGCUAAUAAGGGAAUUCGAGACAAAAAGAAGCACUCAUACGAUGCAAGAGUUCAACAAAAUAGUACACACAAGAAGGAUGUUUCAGGAUAUGGUCCCGACAUGUAUAAGUUGAAAGUAGCUAAGAGGGCAAGAUUGAAUAGUGCUAAGUUUUUAAAAGAAUUAGCACACAAGGCGAUGAAGAAAAACCCUACAGGAAUUUUCUUACCAAAUCUACAUGAAGUUGAGGAAUUCUUGGAAAGCGAUGAUGCAGAUUUGUCUUCUGAAUUGAGUAAAGAGGAAUGUGAAUCUAUUAUUGCAGAGAGAAACAAGGAGAGAUGGCUACUUUUGAAGAAGAUAUCUUACAUGCAACGUACGGCUGCAAAAGAAAAGGAACAAAGAGAUGAGGAAGUCAAGAAAAGAUGUGCAGCUGGCUUGGAAAAGUACCCAGAUGUCACUUCCAAUGCCAAAACUGAGAAUACGAAUAACAAUGUUUCAUACCAUGAACAUGAAAAUGAAAAGGGACACUUAACCGCGAAUGGUAUCACUGUGCCAAGUGGUGGAGACCACCUUAACUUAGAAAAUGGUCCAAAAGUCUCCAAAUUCUCGUCAGUUUCAGUACCCCAAAACAACGGCAGCAUCCCUGGUACAGGCAUUGAAGAAUCAGAAGAAGAUAAAAAUGAUGCAGUUCAACCUGCGGGAGGUUCAGUGGAACGUGAAGAUAUUCCAAUUAUUUCAUUGGAUGAACAGGGAGUUGUGGAUUUGAUGCAAGGAGUCAACCCUAAGGCAUAUGAUAAUUUCAGCACUUUUGUUGAUCCAUACGGGUUUGAGGAUCCAUUGGAUGAUGAAUUUUAUGAAGAUUUAUGGUUUGAACAUGCUAGAAGGAAUACUGAAAUAUAUAGAAUGAUUUUCCACACCCAACCGGAUGACUUCGUACCAACAUGGAAAGAUUAUAAGCGUUACUCCAAAUUGCAAAGUGCGUUCUUAUUAGCUCAGAAGCAGGAAGCAAAAUACAAGCGGGACAAUUUAGAUAGGAGUACUCGUGCGGCAAAUGGAUAUGAAGAAAAUUCGGAACUUAGUAGUGCUGACACUUUCAACAGGAAAAGUGUUUCAAGUAUCAAGAUGCAUGAAUUUCAAGAUGUUGGUUUGUUGGGACACCCACCGCAGAAGGGGCAACCAGGAAUAGAAUCUUCAGACAGUAAGAGGAUUAAAUUUGGCAGAAGAUUUAGCACCAAGGAUGUCAUUCCCGAAGAAAAUGCUGAAAUGAACGGGAAUAAAGAAAAUGGCCAUGUUAAGGAGGAAGAUGACAAUGAAGAGAAUGGCUACUUCGAGAAUAAGGAAGAUGAUGAUGAUGAAGAUGGUAUUCUUGUGGACGGAGAGUUGUUACCAAGCAGACGUGAAGAGAGCCAAGCGUCUGAAAGUUCGUCUGACCCAAAGACCAACGAGGAGAGCUUCAUUAAAAGUCAAAGGAAGAAGAGAAGAAGAGCAGGUACAUUCACUGCUAGAAGAAGAGCCCUCACUGGGGAUAGAAUAUACGACCGUACUACAGCAGAAAGAAUUUUGACCGAGAUCCAAGGCCAUUUAGUGUUCUUCCCAGCAGACUGGUUAAUAAGAGAGCUUGAAGGGGGUAAUUGGUUUUACAAUACAGAUAGGAUUCCUCCGAUAGAAAUUUACGAUUAG